GUGAGCAACAUGUUGCCAACAUGUGAGCCACUGGUUGGGGAUUACUGCCUUAGAGUUAAUUUAUAUUCUGCUGUUUACUAAAUAGUGCAACUGGAGAGGGCCCUUUUAUCUAUCUAUUUGUAUGUGUUCCUUAUUUAAUACUUCUAUGUGUAGUUACCACUUUAUAAUUGCACUAGAGUAGUAAUGCAGGAAAGCUGGAAAAUCUGCUUUUAUAAAUGUCUGUCUGGAAUCUCUGUAAAACAUCUGAGCUUUUAUCAGCGAAGAAGGAAGUUUGUAAGCCACAUGUCAGAAAAAAACUGAUUUACUCAGCAGUUCUCAAAAGAUGUCCUUGGUUGAUUUGGGAAAGAAGCUUUUAGAAGCAGCACGAGCUGGCCAAGAUGAUGAAGUUCGUAUAUUAAUGGCAAAUGGAGCUCCAUUUACCACAGACUGGCUGGGAACUUCACCACUACAUCUAGCAGCACAGUAUGGUCACUAUUCCACAACUGAGGUUUUGCUUAGGGCAGGUGUCAGUAGAGAUGCCCGUACAAAAGUUGACAGGACUCCUCUUCAUAUGGCUGCAUCUGAGGGACAUGCAAACAUUGUAGAAGUUUUAAUUAAGCAUGGUGCUGACAUUAAUGCCAAAGACAUGCUAAAAAUGACUGCUCUUCACUGGGCCACAGAACACAAUCACCAGGAAGUCGUUGAGCUCUUAAUAAAAUAUGGUGCAGAUGUACAUAGCCAAAGCAAGUUCUGUAAAACUGCUUUUGACAUCUCUGUCGAUAAUGGGAAUGAGGACCUUGCUGAGAUUCUUCAGAUUGCAAUGCAGAACCAAAUUAAUACAAAUCCAGAAAGUCCAGACACUGUGACAAUACAUACAGCUACACCACAAUUCUUUAUUGGACCUGGAGGAGUAGUGAACCUAACAGAUGACAGCGGUGUAUCAUCAACUGUUCAGUUUGGCAAUUCAUCAACAUCUGUUUUAGCUACAUUGGCUGCUUUAGCCGAGGCCUCUGCACCUCUGUCCAAUUCUUCAGAAACACCAGUAGUAGCCACAGAAGAAGUGGUGACUGCGGAGUCAGUAGAUGGUGCAAUCCAACAAGUUGUUAGCUCAGGAGGCCAGCAAGUCAUUACAAUAGUCACGGAUGGCAUUCAUCUUGGCAGUCUCCAGUCUGCAAUUCCAACCAGUGGCAUUGGUCAGCCAAUUAUUGUAACAAUGCCAGAUGGCCAGCAAGUACUGACCGUACCGGCAACAGACAUUGCUGAAGAAACUGUAAUCAGUGAAGAGCCUCCUUCUAAAAGGCAGUGCAUUGAGAUCAUUGAAAAUCGUGUUGAAUCUGCAGAAAUUGAGAUUCCAGAAACUUCUGGAUCAGAAAUCUAUAUUGUGAAUACUCAAGAGUUCUCUCAGGAAAGAGAAACACUUCAGAAGCAACUUGAUGAGGCCAACCGUGAAGCCCAGAAGUACCGGCAGCAGCUUCUAAAGAAGGAACAAGAGGCAGAAGCCUACAGACAGAAGCUAGAAGCUAUGACCAGAUUGCAGACUAACAAAGAAGUUGUUUAAGUAGCUAGCCAGCACGGACUCACUUGUUUUCAUUGGAGAAGAAGACUCAAGCUAUGCACUGUAUGGCUUCAGUUGGUAAUAGAAGCGAUCCCCUGAGCAAACCUCAGACUUUUAUAUGUCCCUGAAUUAUACAAAUGCUGGUGUUACAAUAGUCACUCUUUGUGAGAAGUAUUUAAAAUGGAAAUACUGUAUAUAGUCUGGAUAUUUCCCCCCCCCCCCCCUAUUUUUUUCUUACAGUUGGCAGUUAAGUUGAUGCUGAUUUUCUGAAAGACGCAGAAAUAACAUUCUGGGUGACUUUUUUUCCAAUCGGUUUUUAGUAGAGAUUAAUUUGACAUGUGAAAUGCACCAAUUGCCAAAGAUGUUUUGGUAAACCACGUGCGACCGUUUCUCAAACUGCAAUGCUUUCUCCAAUCAGAUCAACAGCCUUUGAAGUUAACGUUUCCUAGUGGAAAUCUCUGUACAGCUUUUCAAUUUGUGUCUCUGUUUGAAAACUUUUUUUUUUUUAAUUUCACUUUUUUUUUUUCAAGUAAGCAAAAAAAUUUUUAUAUCUUGUUUAACUUCCAGAACAUCCAGGUAGAUUAACUUGUAUAUGAAGCUAAUAUUUUUUAAAGAAAAAGAGAGAGAACUUUUGUACAUAUGCUGCAUGUUUUUGUAUAUUCUAACUGCAUACGUCAGCCUUGGUUAUCCUUCAGUGACACAGAACGUACACACACACAUACACACAUUGAAUGUUGCCCAGUAGUGCAGUUUUUUUCUCAUGUCACAUCCUUCCAGUUUCAGAACUGAUAAAGUGACAAUAUAAUUUUACAAACUCCCGCUGAGUGUGUCUGUCAAUCAUGAACAUUAACCUUUUGGUUACUCCUAUAUCCAGGCUUGGUAACCGCAUGAAAUAAGAGGUGGUGCAUCUGUUCUGAGCAUACAUUUAAAAUCAAACUUGACACCCAGAUAAUGGAAGUUUUGCAUAAUGAAGGAAGCUGUUGUACUAAGCAACUUCCCAAUAUAGAUGAAUUUAAGAGUUAGGAAUUUAAAAGGGAUUUGUGAAUAAAAUUGCUACUUAAAGCAGUGCAUGUCCAUUGCUAUUCCCCACCCUGCUGCUUCUGACUACAUGAAGGUCUAAAAAAUGUAGCUAGAGUUAUUUCUCCUCCAGCCAAGACUCUAGUUCUACAAUUCCUUACAUUCUGAAUGGCCUAUUCUUAGCAACUCUUUCCAGCUUUCAAAUGGUGGCCACUGUCCCAGCAGCCAAAAUCUAUUACUCUAUGAAGUUAUACUUUUAUUGUCAUUGUUACUUUUUAUUCCUUGUGUUUCAAUUUAGGCCCUCCUCUGUUCAUAUUCCUGUCACUUUUUCAAACCGCUGCCUGGUUUCUAGGCUCAGUUGGACCCUGACAACAAGACAACUGCUGAAAUCCCAAACUAGUGAGCUGCUGGGGGGAAAAAGUAAAAUAAUUAGUAAAAAAACAAACAAACCACAAAUAAAAAAUGAAGACCAAUUGCAAAUUGUCUCAGAAUAGAUCAUACUAAAAGUUAAUUUAAAGGUGAACUACCACUUUAACCGCAGAACACUGUGGAAAUUGGAGUCUUGCUACAUUGUUUUGGUAAAGCCUGUAGUCAGAACCAGCACUGCAGAGAAUAGCAAGGGACAGAAGGAUUCUGCUUUCUAUAGCAAUUGCAUUUACUUCUGACUUAAAAACACUGUCAACUUUCAGUAAAUGACCACUGGAAAGUUGCUUCAAGUGACUUAAGUUUUCAUUAGGCAAUAUAUAAUUGUUUCCAUUUAUAAUGCAGUUCCCUUCAAAGAGAGUGUAUUUGCUCUGUAUCGUAGGAAGACCUCACAAACGACAACAGUUCUGUUACUGGCACAGAGCUGAAACUAUGCAUUCAGAAUUGUUACAUUUCAUUUAAACCCCAUUAUGCAACAAAUUACUUUAUCUCCCUUUUACUUUUCAGUUUUGUUUUUCUUUGAUUUAUGAAAAUAAUGUGAUGAAGUAAAGAAAAUAUUACACUAUUUGGAUAAAAUUGUGUUUUGCACUUGAGAGUUUAAUGUUUAAAACACAAAUUGGAGGUUAAAGAUGGAUUCUUCCUGUACAGAAGGGUAAAGAAGCCCAUGCCUGAGAAACAGAGCCUACUCGCUCUUCAGCAGACUGUAAGCUGUGCUGGCAUUUCAGUCGAUUUAAACUCUCAUGAUAUGACCAAAUAUUUAUAUAAAAAUCUAAAAUAAAGCGCGUCCUCAGGAACUCCAGAGAUGUGCCACUGUUUUACUGAAAAUCACAGUAAAUGACUUGUUUUAUAUUGUACUGGAAUAAGCUUUUAUAUUUUGUUAAAGCAGUUGUCUCUGUGUAUAAUGAGAAAUACCUUGAGUAAAAGGGAGUUUACAGUCUUAAAUCUAUGUGCCUUUACCCUUU